CAUUUGCAAUUUAUCAGAGCGUUGCACUUGAAUUCGCCCCCAAAUGAUCAGGGAGGAAUCAGGAAAUUAGCAACUGAGGGGCUAGACGCUUGUAAAACAUAGCGUGCAGAAAAAUGUAAUCUCAUCAUGCAACAAUUGUUAGUUUUGUAAACAGAAGUACCUAGCUCUUUACACUAGUUAAUUUUAUCCUCGACUUAUUUUGUACGAUGUCGAAAUCGGGUAGACGGGUUAAAGGUUUUAAAAAGAUAAUCGAGAAAGUUAUUCAUCCUCCUUAUUUAAAAACCCAAAUACCAGCUGGUAAAGCAAUGCCUGGUCCCCCUCUUGGACCGCAUCUCGGACAGAGAAAUAUCAAUGUGGCUUUAUUUUGCAAAGAAUUUAAUGAGAGGACAAAGGAUAUUAAAGAAGGCAUUCCUUUAUCAUGUAAAAUAUCAAUUAAACCUGAUCGUACCUUCGACAUAGAUAUAUACAAACCCCAUACUAGUUAUUUUGUGAAACAAGCAGCUGGAUGUGAAAAAGGAUCAAUGUCACCAGGUCCAAAAGACUGGGCUGGAAAAAUUUCAUUGAAACAUGUAUAUGAAAUAGCAAAAAUAAAAUCUGAAGACCCAUAUUUUGAAUGUACUCCUCUUAAAGAAGUAUGUCAAGCAAUCAUUGACAGUGCACGUAGAGUUGGUGUUGAGGUUGUUCCCAAGCUGAUAGAGGAAGAAUAUGCAGAAUUUCUAGAGAAAAGAAAAGAAAUCAUUGCUCAGCAAGCUGCUGAAUUAGAUGAGAAGCGUAAAGCCAAAAUUCUCAGACAAGCAAAAGCAGCUGUAGCUUAAUAUUGUAUUUAUAAAUAUAUCACUGUAGACUAUUAUAUUAAAAAUACAUUUGGAAAUCAUGA